UCUUUAUUUAUACCAGUACCAUGAACUCUCCAUUUUAUUAUUAUUUAUAUGAAUUAUUAUUAGUUUAUUUUGGUGCGAAAAUUCCAAUCCAAUUUUUUUUUGAUAGAAAAUUUAAAACCCUUGGAACAAGUAUUGGUUGCCUUUCAUUUAUAAUGUGUGUAUUUCUCUAAUUUCUUUGAAAAAAAAAGAGAAGACCCUCGUGGCCUCGUAUCAUCUCGUUCAUCACUGGCUCUAGCUGGGUACCAGGCUUCAAGAGCUAGGUUUUCCCUUCUUGGAUGAAUUAAAUGAAGGGGAAAGGAUUGUUUAGAGAACAUUCUUCCCAGAGAUCUUCUUUCGGGAAGAAAGUUAAAGGGGAUACUAGUAAUGUUGUUUUCAUUGAUCUCGAUGAUGAUAAUGUUGUUACAGGGGAUGCUAUAAAGUCUUCACAACAGAAAUUUAAAUGUUCCAGUCUGCGCAGUAAAAAUGGGAAAUUUUUGUUCCAAGACAUCAUUAAUCUUGAUGAUGAUGAGGACAAUGAUGUGGGUCCUGGAAUCAGUGUUGAUGCUGAUGGGGAUUUGGUUAGCGAUGCCAGCUCAACACAAAGCCCAUACCCUGCAUUUAAAACUGUGAAUAACUCUACACAGUCAGAUGCUGAUGAAUGUCAAGUUAUCCCUGAAAAGACCUCUGCAUUUCAGUUCUCAAAGUGCAAACAAACCUACCGGACCAGAUCUUCUGCGUCGAAAACUGUGCAGAACAAUGCACAGUCUGAUACUGACGAAUGUCAAGUUAUGCCUGAAAAGAACUCUGCAUUCCAGUCCUCAAACUGCCAACAAACCUACCACACCCAAGGUUCUGGCAGAAACCGUUAUGGUCUGGACUCCGACUUUGACAAUGUUUCUGUUGAUGGCGAUUUUUCUGAUUGUGUGUUAAUUGAAGAUUCUUUUGGAAAGGUUCGUGAACAGUGGGAAAGAGCUUCCCUUAAGAGAAAACAUGUUCCAAUUCGACAUUCUGGUUUAGAGGAUCAAGGUAGUGCUUCUAGCUCAAAUAGUGAGGUUCCUACAAAUGUGGAAGAAACAUUUGGGAGAGAACAUGUAGAUGUCCCUGUUUGUUCUAGUUCAAACGAUAAAAAUUAUCGAAAAGAAAGCUGGUCAGAAUAUGUUACAAGUAAUGCUGGAUAUGUGGAGAGUACUUUCAAACGGAAAUCAGAAAGUUCACCCAUGGAUGAGGAUCAGAGAGUUGAUCAAGAAAGUGUUUUUCAUCGGAAACCUAUGUCAAGACAGGAGACAAAAUCCUCACAUCGAAAUGCUGAUUUUCAGCCUGGAGGAGGCACAGUUGCAGAAGAUCCUCUUUGUAGUUUUGAGUGUGAAAGUAAUAAUGUCUUUGGUAAUGACGGACCAAGUCCCCAAGGCUCAUUUCAGCCUGGGGGAGGCACAGUUGCAGAAGAUUCCCAAAGUGAUGAAGAUACUUGUUUCCCUCCUCGUUUUUGUGAUGAAGAACCAAGUCCCCAAAAUACAUUUCAACCUGCGGAAGGCACAGCUGUGGAAGAUCUUCAAAGUGAUGACAAUGUUUAUAUCCCUGGUUUUUGGAAUGAAGAACCAAGCCCCCAAAAUACAUUCCAAUCAGUGGAAGACACAGUUGUGGAAAAUCCCCAAAGUGAUGAAAAUGAUUAUAUCUCUAGUUUUCAGAAUGAAGAACCAAGUCCCCAUAAAUCUUCCUUUGGGAGGUCUGAACAAGAUGUGGGUGAUACACAAUCUGAUUGUCCAGGAACUCUUUCUGAGGAGAAAGGGAAGUCUGAUUCUAGGCAUUCUUUAUACAAAGGUGCAAGUAAUCAUAAGCAAAUGAAGCAAGUUAAAUCUUCGAUGGAAGCCAAGGAACCAAACGGCAGAAGUCAACUUUAUAGCGAUGUUACUCCAUCUGUUAACAGAGAUAUAAUCAAUGAACGGGAAAAGCUUAAGGAGACUGAUGAAUACAAGCGAGCCAUAGAGGAGGAAUGGGCAUCCAGGCAGCGAGCGAUAAAAAAUCAGGCAGAGGAAGCCAAUAAAUUGCGCAAGAGAAGAAAAGCUGAAAGCAUGCUUAAAUUUGACAUUGAGAGAAGGCAAAAGCAACGCAUUGAAGAAGUUAGAGAGACACAAAAGAAGGAUCAAGAAAAUAUAGAUUUGAAGGAGCAACUUCGGUGUGAAAUAAGGACAGAGAUCAACAAAUUGGAAAUGACCUGCAUUGAUAUGGCUUCCCUGCUUCGUGGCUUAGGAAUCCUAGUUAGGGGUGGUAUGCAUCCUAUGCCUGAAGAUGUACAUUCAGCUUACAAAAAAGCUCUGCUAAAAUUUCAUCCAGACCGAGCAUCGAGGACAGACAUCCGCCAGCAGGUUGAGGCAGAGGAAAAAUUUAAACUCAUUUCCCGCAUGAAGGAGAAGUUUUUAUCAACUUCAUGUUACUGACCACCACCAUAUAAUUCUCUUCGUGUUCAAUUCAAUGUUCACCAAUUUUCCAGUCACUUCACUACUACUAUCAGAUGUAUAAUGAGGCAUGUGUUUACAUUACAAAUUCGUCAUUAUUUACUAUUUUAUUUUAUAUCUAUUUACUUAUCCAAAAAGAAAAGAAAAGAAAAGAAAAAUCAAGGCAGAAGUGAAUAAUUUGGUAGCAAUUAUUUUUUGGAGCCUGAUAAAGGGCCAAACUCUAAUUUGUAAAGAAGUUUCUGUAUUUAGUUAAAAAGGUCAAUGUAGUUUAAGUCAUGUUGAAUUAUUAUUCAUAAAUAUGCUCCUUUGAUAUUAAACAAGUCAUCUCUAGACAUACUGUAAUUUUAUGACAAUUGUCGAAGUGAAGUCUUACAUAUAUUCUUUUGGA